CGUGCGGAUCGUUAAGUAGACGUGGUUCCGACGAUAGGAUACAGCGAAAAUUCAAAAAGGUCCACAUUCUACCAAAGUGCAUCCAGCCCCGGGCAGGGUCGAGCUCGAAAAAUAUUUACCGUUUCGGUCGAAUUGACCGAAAAAGGAAAUUCAGUGCACGGCAAAGGUCAACCAUUACCACCGUGAACCGUCAACAUGAAGAUGCAGCUGAAAUCCGUGUGGGGUUUCGUGCGCCGCAACCUCCUGACCACGCUGACGAUACUCGGUGUGGUCGUGGGUAUUGCGCUUGGGUUGGGAUUGCGGGCGGUACCGGAUGAAGGCGAUACCUGGUCGCAGCGUGACGUCGCCUACAUCAACUACGUCGGCGAUCUAUUCCUGCGGACGCUGAAAGCCCUCAUCCUGCCGCUGAUCGUAUCGUCGCUGAUUGCGGCCGUCGGUUCGCUCGACCUUUCGCUCUCGAAGAAGAUCGGUGGCCGUGCGGUGCUGUACUAUCUCGCGACAACCGUGCUCGCCGUCAUACUGGGCAUUGUGCUCGUGGUCACGAUCAAGCCCGGCUCGGACCGGGAGGGCGAUGAGGUGGAAUCGGACGAUGUGCAGUCGCGCAAUGUCACCACCGUCGAUACGCUGCUCGAUCUCGUGCGCAACAUGUUCCCGCCAAAUCUCGUGCAGGCCUGUACGCAGCAGUACCAAACCGUGCUAAAGCCACCGGCCGCCAACCCGGACGAGAGCGACAUCUACCGGUGGACGAUCACCGGUGCGUACGCGGACGGCAUGAACAUUCUCGGGCUGGUCGUGGCAUCGAUCGUGUUCGGUGUGGCGCUCGGUGCAACCAAGCGUGAGAAUGCCUUGGUGCUGCAGUUUUUCCAACAGCUGUCCCACAUCGUCAUGAAGGUCACCGGCUGGGUGAUUUGGCUCUCACCGGUUGGUGUGACGUUUUUGAUUGCAUCGAAAAUAUUGGAAAUCGAAGACCUCGGCGACAUGUUCGGUAAGCUGGGGCUGUACUUUGCGGUCGUUGCUGGUGGCAUCUUGUUCCACGGGUUCGUCGUGCUGUCGCUGCUAUUCUUUCUGUUCACCCGCAACAAUCCGUUCCGGUUUAUCGCCAACAUGGGACAGGCACUGGCCACCGCGUUCGGCACAUCGUCCAGUUCGGCCUCGCUGCCCGUUACCAUGCAGUGUUUGGAGGAGAAGAACCACAUCGAUCCGCGCGUAUCGCGGUUUGUGCUUCCGAUCGGUGCUACGAUCAAUAUGGACGGUACGGCACUGUACGAAGCCGUCGCCGCCAUCUUCAUCGCUCAGUUGCGUGGACUAUCGCUCUCGUUUGGUAACGUUCUGGCCAUCAGCAUAACGGCAACGGCUGCCAGUAUCGGUGCUGCCGGAAUUCCUCAGGCUGGACUUGUAACGCUCGUCAUGGUGCUGGACACGGUUGGUCUACCGGCCGAGGACGUAUCGCUCAUCAUCGCCGUCGAUUGGCUACUCGAUCGGUUCCGGACGCUGGUGAACGUGCUCGGAGACAGCUUCGGGGCAGCGAUCGUGUACCAUUACAGCAAGGCUGAGCUGGACAGCACGAAAAACGUGGAAGGAGCCGGACUGACCGCUGCAACGCAAAUCCCCCAGGAAACGGAUCCCGAGCUGGUGUUUCACACCGACACGAUUCUAGCGAACGGUGACGAACGCAUCACCGAUAAGAACAGUCGGCUGUAGGAAAACUGGUGUGUAGAAGCUCCCUCAUCGUGUUGGGGGAUUUUUCUUGUAGCUUGUAGCAAAAACAAACAAAAAAAAACCCACGGUGCUAUUUUACUGUAUAUUUACCCCGCUACUUUAUGAGGGCAUUGAGUUUUGUUCGGAUGUACCUUGCAAUGUUCAAUCAUUUGCCGAUUAUAUAGUGGUGGGAUGAGGGUCGACAGUGUCGGAAAUUGAACGCCGCAGCCCGUCACAUUAUCUGAUCGUAUCCGCGUACGAAUUUAUUACCCCGGUUGACUGAGGUGACACGCUUGUUUGUUUUGUUUUUAAAACUCAAUUUUUAUACAAACUGCUCCUAGCUGAUAAGAUAGACGAAUUAAGGCAAUUAGACGCGUUUAUCGUUUACAACUAGUUGCGACCGAUAUCGUUACCUUACGCGUGUUUAGAAGAGAAAACGAUUCACAAACACUGUUGUAGAAGUAUUUUUCCUGUCUCCCCCCUAUUUUGUUUUCCGUUGGAAAAGAAACAAAUUUCUAUUAGUGGUAAUUAAAGCGUGCAGGGAUUAGGGUCUGCGCCACAAACGUUCCACACACACACAUAGAUUGGCGAUAAGAUAGAUAAACUCGGGCGGUAGAGAAGGAUGUUAUCUAGCCCCGCUUAUCGUUGUGGUCCUCCGUUAAGUGCGGACAUCCAUAAAACAAUAAGAUAAAUACACUUUCAUUUUAAGUGAGUA